AUGCCAAACAACGAUCAAGGUCGAUGUUUAGUAUGUGAUGAUGUUGCCAUUGGUAUCAAUUUUGGAAUACCAACAUGUAUGCCAUGCAAAGCAUUUUUUCGACGAAAUGCAGUUAAACUUGGUACUCGCGAAUUCGUAUGUCAACACAAUGGUGAAUGCAUAGUAACAUAUAAAUAUCGUCGUUCAUGUAAUUGUUGUCGUUUGGCAAAAUGUUUUCGUGUUGGAAUGAAAAAAUCCUUUAUACUUACUAAUGAAGAACGUGAAGCUCGAAAUAAACUUGUUGCAACAAAUCGUCUUAAACGUGGGAAAAUACCUAAACUACAAUGCAUUCCUUGGGUAUGUAGUACAUAG